AUGUCGAGAGUCAAAGGGAAAUUUCAGAGUGUCUGGUUCGAUAUGUUAGGAGUCGAAGGGGCUCUAAUCGAUGCGGGUGUGCAAGGAGAGCAAGCGAUCCAGUUAAGUAAGGAAAUCGGAAUGAACUUUGAAAUCAAGGGAGACCAGUUAAUGUGGUUUAAAGUACAAUUCAUCGGCUCCGUUCAGUUCCGGUUCAUGUGGUCUUCUGCAAGCAAAUCGAAAGGGACCACGCUUGAUUUGAAAGGGGAAGUCUGCGAUAGUAAAGUCAUGUUCAUGGAUAAUUUUAUUUGGUCACUACAACCUAUGAGUCAUCAAAGGGAACUCCAAACCUUGGUAUUCAUAUGUGGGAAAAAUUGUGUAACCCCUAACCCAUGA